GCGCUCCGUCGCCGUGCCCCCGGUAUCCCAUCUCCCACACCAAAUCCCAAUCCGGCUCCCCGCCCCCCACAAGCGCCCAAAACCCUAGCUUUAAACCCCCGAAUCCAACCGAUUCCCCCGCAGAUUCCCGCCAUUUCUCGCCGGAGCGGCGAUCCACCGGACCUGGAUCGGUGCCUUCUGUCGCUGACCAACUCUAAGGUUGCUCGGGUUGUCCCGAGAGCUCUGUUCUGGUCCCCUUUUCUUGCUAGGAUGGAUACUCCAAUCCAAUCCACCCUCUAGUCUGUGGCAGGUUUUUUUUUCCUGCGCGGACAGCACCAAGGUGCCUAUUCCCAGCUAAAUUUCGAAGGAACGCUGUCCCUUCUCUGUGUUCCUGCCUGGUAUAAGCAUGGAGUUCGAGGGCGAAGGGGGCAUUGGUGUUGGUGUCGGCGGUGCCGAAGGAGACGACAGGGUGGACGAACCUACCAGUUAUUCAGAUGCCUACGCUGUGGAAUUAGCGCAAAUGCGACGCCUCAUAUGCGUCGUGGACCGAUGGGACGGCGGACUUUAUGCAAUGCAUGUGGAAUAGCAUGGGCAAAGGGAAAAUUGAGAAAAGUUAUUGAUUCUGAUGCCCCCAUAGAUGAUGCUACUGUUGCAAAAAUGGUGCCUGAAGUCGGCAUGGAAUUUGACAAUGAAGACAAAGCAUAUGAAUUCUAUAACAGGUAUGCUGGACACAUGGGCUUUAGUGUUCGUAAGAGUUCAUCGGACAAAUCAGCUGACAACAUCACAAGAUCGAGAACCUUUGUAUGCUCGAGGGAGGGUUUCCGUAAGGACAAGAAAGGAGCUAAUGGAGUUAAAAGGCCACGGCCAGAAACAAGAAUAGGGUGCCCCGCACGGAUGAUAAUUAAGAUUACAUCCUAUAAUAAAUAUCGCAUUGCUGAAUUUGUAGCAGACCAUAACCAUCAGCCAGCACCCCCAUCAACCAUGCAUAUGCUGAGAUCUCAGAGAGUGCUCACUGAGGUACAAACAACUGAAUGCAACUCCUCAGAAGAUUCCACAACACCGUCAAGGUUUUCUGGUGGAUCUUUAGUACAGCAGGCAGGAAUUUUUAGAAAUGUUAAUUUCCUCCCUGCAGAUUACAGAAGUUCCCUUUGUUCAAAGCGUAUGAAAAAUAUGCAACGUGGUGAUGCAGGAGGUGUUGUUAAGUACCUGCAGAGCAUGCAGCUAAACAAUCCGUCUUUCUUUUAUGCUGUCCAGCUCGAUGAGGAUGACAGACUGACCAACAUUUUCUGGGCCGAUUCCAAAUCUAGAGUUGAUUUCAGCUACUUCAGUGACGUGGUUUGUUUGGACACAACCUACAAGAUAAAUGCACAUGGAAGGCCAUGUCGUUCCAGAAAUCCUGAAGUUUCUGGUACUCUGUAAGGCUCCUGUUACUUAUUUUUGUGGUAGCAAGCAAUAUGUGCCGUUUGUUGUAAAGGAAAAUAAUAAUAGCCCUUAGUUCGACUAUAGAAACUCACUUAGCUUUGAGAUGGUAGUAAAGAUUCGAAUUGUCUGCAUUCAUACAUAGCAUAUGUCAUGCCGAUGUUGCAGGAACAGCUAAACCACUAGUAUUUCGAUCGAGCGAAAAUGAAACGAAGAUUUAUGCU